AUGGAGCAAUUACGAGGAUACAAAACCAACUGUGGAUUCUCACUCGGGAAACCGAGAUUCGGAUCUCUCAAGGUGAAAAUUCCAAACAUCAAACCUCUCGUAGCUGAAAAAACAAAAGAGAUUGAAGAAAACCAAGUCGAGGAAGAUGAAGAAGAAUAUCAAGCUGACGAAGAAGAAGAAGCUGAGGAAGAGGAAGAAGAAGAAGAAGAUCAUGGAGCUAAGAGCAUGGAUCUAGAGGAAGGAGAGGUGGAAGAAGAAGAGAAGAAGCAUGUAUGUUGUGAAUGCGGUAAACGGUUUAAGUCCGGUAAGGCUUUAGGAGGUCACAAACGAAUCCAUGUGCUCGAGAACCGGAAGUUCUCAAUGGUGAGACCAAAGAUGGUUUCCGGUUUGGUUGGUAGAUCUGAAGGAGGUGAAUUAGAAGCUGCUUGUUGUGUCUGUCACAAGAAGUUUACAUCGAUGAAGGCUUUGUAUGGACACAUGAGGUUUCAUCCAGACAGAGGAUGGAAAGGAGUCUUUCCUCCUCCUCAUCCGUUUGGUAAUUCUUCGUCUUCUACACUCUCUGUUGAUGAUCAUGAUGAUGAUGAGUUUGUAAGCUCGGAUUACGAUGCUUAUGAUGAUUAUGACGAUGAUGAUGGUGAUGAGAACUCGGAGUUAUGGGAGAUGGAGAACGGUGUUGACCUUAAGGAACCGAUUAUAGGAUGGGGAAAGAGAGGGAAGAGAAGUGGUUUAAACGUUGAUCCACGUCCAUCAGAAGAUGUGAAGGAGUCUGAUGCUAAGAAUCUAUUGGUGUUAGCUGAUACAGCAGAAGCUGAGACCUCUAAUUCUCAUUCUGUUGAAGAUAUGGUGAAGAAGAGGAAGAAGAAGAAGAAGAGUUUGUCUGAGAUGGAGAAAGAAUCAUCAUCUGCUCCUCACCAUGAUCAGCUUCAGCUUGCGGUUGUUGUUUCACCUGCUGAGGAAGGCGGCGGUGGUGGUGGUGGUGCACGUGAGAAGCACGUGUGUGUGACUUGCAACAAGACGUUUAAUUCGUAUCAAGCUUUGGGAGGUCACAGAGCAAGUCACAACAAGGUCAAGAUGUUGGAGAAUCAUCAAGCUAGGGCAAACAAUGAAGGCUUGUUGUUACUUGGGAACGAAGGAACAGCUACCGUUUUAGCUAGUGCUCAAGGAUCAAACACAUCUUUAAGCAGUAACAAUAAUGGAGAGCACAUCUGUAACAUUUGUCAUAAAAGCUUCACAACAGGUCAAGCUCUUGGAGGUCACAAGAGAUGUCACUGGACCGGACCGGUUUCGACUGAGGCUGCAGCCGCUCCAGCAGCACCGGCUCUGAGUCAAGUAACAGAGACAGUGCAAGAAGUGAAGAAGUUGAAGAGAAAGUUUUUGGAUUUUGACUUGAAUGAGUUGCCACCUAACGAAGAAGAAGAUGAAGAAAGAGUCUAA